GACUGAACGCGAACAGCUUCACUCGGCAAGGCAGAGUCAACGGCAAGAAAAGCCACCAGAGCGAACGCACGGUGCUCCUCUGUGCUUAAUGUAGCGCUGUAGUCUGGCAAGGUGUAUUCGUCGGUUCUGCGUUUAAAGCGUUUUGUGCAAUUGAAUAUUGUGAAUUGUGCUUCCACUAUCACCGGUGACAGUGUACUACGCAAAGGCAGUCGAACGAUCGAGCGCCAACGACGACACAGCUACAAAAGUGGCCACCGGGAGCGAUGUUUAGAUUUCAUUCACCGUGCUCAUUUACUCUGCUGUGUGCGAUCGCACUAGUGGCCGUACUUAUCAGGUCGACGCAGAGCUGUGAUCUGGACCAAACGCAACAGGGAUGCCGGAUAGAUAACGGUCAGUGCACUUGUGCGUUUGGCUGCAAAUCGGAAUUUCGCUACGCCACCAAGAAGGAGUGCCAGGAUGCAUUGAAGGGACGCUCCAGUGACAUCUGCAACCGACAGCCAUGCAUGAACGGGGGUACGUGCACGCAAGUAACGACAAUGCCACAGUACAAGUGUCGCUGCGAAGGAACCGGCUACUGGGGCAACCGAUGUCACCGAAUGUGUCCUAAACCCGACCAGCUGCCCCCGGGCACCAAGUUCCCUCACGAGUGUGUCGUUAUUUAGAUACUGGCUUUUGAUUCCGUUCCUCCGUCACAUAGUUAGAUCCAAUUAAAUCAGUAUACGUAUAAGUCGAAUCUCUACCGGGAAAGGGGCGCGAAAGAGAGACGGAUUUAGUACAAUGAAAAGAGUAGCAAAGUGUUUGUUUAUCACUAACCCUGCACGCCCGUUUCUCCAAAACUUAUAACCAUACUGUACCCUUGUAUGUGUCGCGCUGCACACUCUACACGCGGCAUCAUUUGUUACGACGAACCCGUAACGAUAAUACGCAUUGAUAAGCCUUUGCUUUCCCACAUCAUAUGGGCACCCCUUUCACACUACCUACAGCAGCCGCAAACAGAUGAAAUAGCACUGUAAUGCACGAAGCGGUUAGGACGGACGGAGUGUCUAUAAAGAAAAUGUACGUACUGGUGAAUGAUACAGCACACUGAUCUAGAAACAUUUCAUAAAAACAACAACAACAAAGUCCCUCGCACCAAACACUACUCUAGCAAAUACGACGAACAGUUUGAAUCAAACUAGCUGUUAGACAAUAUUGUUUCACAAUAAAGUUCUAUUUUCAAUAAAUGA